AAACGGUAUGAUUUAACAUCUGACUGGUGGAAGCUUUCCAUUUUUAACCAUUUCUGUUUUUCACAUCUUCUGUGUUCUCCUUCUCUCACUCCUCGCCCUUUCAAUACCGACUCCCCAUUUUCUUUCCAAGCCUCUGUUUCUCUGUGUUCCAGAUGCUCCUUUCUCUCUUUGACAAUGAUAUUAUAAUGAUGCCAGUAACGGUGAGGUGAUUAAAGCUUCUGCUGGCCUCCACUCUGUAGAAUAUUUCCUAUAAAAUAGUGUGCAACUGCUCCUCUCUCCUUACUUAUCCUCACAUUGUAUCAGCCAGAUAGCUGGUGAUGGCCGCUCCGUUCCCAGUGGAAUAUGUGGCCUACAUUUGUUUGUAGUGCAGCAUUUGGCUCUGUGAGUGUCUUCCUUUGUCAAACAUUUCCAGUUCCCUGCAGCAAAUCCCCUUUUGUUUCCUUAAACAUUCACUGUUUUGUCCUUCUAUCUGUCUCUCUGUAUAUCUUUCCUUUUUGUCUCUGUAGUGUCUUUUAAUUAAUACUGUACAUAGAUCCAGCAUUUUAGAGCACAUCGUUGAUUGCUUACCAUUCAGCUCACAAGCACAUGCCCUCAUAACCUUUAUAACAGAGCCUACACGUGCACAAGAUGCAUGUUUAAAAAAAAAAAGAAACACACACACACACACAUAUACACAAAGGUCACCUUCCAUGAAUUCAUUAGAGACUGUUUUAUUAUGGCUGACAGAUGUGCCCAUAAAUCAUAGGUGGAGCAAGAACAUCCAAAACAAACUGAACACUGAUAAAGGUGAAACACAGUGAGAAAGGGAAGUGAUAGAUAGAAAGAGAGAGACAUAAGAAUACAUGCACACAUAUAUCAAUAUUCUGUAGCUAUUGAAAAUGUCUUCCAUAGUAGGUUUUCGGCCGUCAUACUCCCUAAAGAAUGAUUUCUUCCGUCAUCUUCAGCGUCUUCAUGGAGAGAUAUAGCAGCUUUUGUUACAUCACAGCCUUUUGUCCCAGAGAAAAGUCUUUAUCUUUAGAGGAAAAUUAACUGUUAAAGGGGAAAGACGGACAGAUUGCUGCUUCAGAAUCUAAUAUACCCAAAGUGAGUCUGAUAAAACCCAAUCAAGCGUCUUUGUAUAGAGAUUCAGCCCGAGAUGAAGAUCCUCCUUGUGAAACUUAUCACUUCUAACCUCGGUGCUUUGGUUGCAACACGGCCUGUGUUACUCUGCAUUGUCUGCAACACUGCAAAGGAAGUUAAGCCUCCUUUUUUUUACUGGACUGGUAGAGAAAUGAGCUCUCUGAAACGAAAACUUUGGAUAGACAUAUCCAGUGUGCUUAUUUUAUAUAGGCUAAUUUCUGUAAAUUGUAUUUCCCCAUUUGAACGUCUAAAUAGGGAAUGAUUCAGAACGGACCAGAGGAGACAACAUGAAUUUUAAAAUUCUUACAUUGUUUGAAAACAAUGAAUAAUGGAUAUAGUGUAAUAAUGUACAUUAUAGUGAGUUUUAGCUCAGUGUUUAGCUGUCCAGCCCUCAACUUUACUGUUUUGACUGGUGACUAGCUGUUUGUUUGAUUGACUGAUAAAUGGUGUUUUCUUUGCACACUGCCAGAUUAUCCAGGUUAAAGUUCUGGGGGAAGAAAUGAUGAAACCUUAUUAAUGUAUUGUUUUGUUGGCCAAAAAGUUGUCAAAUUUAAACAUUUAGUUUAAAUUACUACAAUCAGAUUAUAAAAUACCCACCAUCUGUAAGUUUUUCAUUGAAAAAUGCAAACACCAGGUUGCUUAAACCCACAAAUUCACAAAAGAAAAAAGAAAAAACUCAAUGAGGACAUAAACUCAGCAUCCUCACAAUCUCUGGUCAAGGCCGUUUGCCGAUUUAAAUCAGUUGACUAUCAAUACAUUUCACGCUGAGUGUUGAUGAAAUGAAAGAGCUAUAAAUAAAACAUCUAGUCAUCAGUUUUUAGGAUAAUUAAUUUGCUGCUUACAGCUGAGCUGAAACACUGCACAACAUCACAAAGACACAGCACAUGAUUUAGAAACUGCAGUGUGAUUUAAAAAAAAAAAAAAAAACUAAUUGAAAAGACCUUAAAAUAUUGUAUUGUUGCACAAUAUCCCAGCUGAACCUACUCCCUUAUUUAUUUAGCACCCUGGAUUGUCAUCUUUAAAGAAUGAGGACACACUACACCGUCUAAACUGUUUCUUGAUAUUGAAAGGAAUGUGUCCUGUCUACUUUACUUUACUUUACUUACUUGUUUCCCAUUUAUCUUCAGUUCCCUUGAAAGAUAUCCUGAUGAUCUUUUGAUUGGGACACUACUUUCUAUCACUCAUUAACUUGUAGUUAUGAUAAUGUAUGAUUUAUGGCUCUUUUCAUCCAGCCACUCUCAGGCUGCAAUACCACAUCUAAAGAAGCUCAAGGUUCAUCUGCGCUGUCCAGAUAAUGUUGGUAAUAAGCUGAUGAAUUGUUGAAUGAGGCACAGUUCGGUGCAUCUUCCUCUGCUAUGAGGAAAAUGGAUGUGGAGAAGGGUCGUAGUCGGUCCAGGGGUAUGAGCACCCUGGAAAAGUUUCUGAUAUUUCUCUUUGUGGCCAUGACCGGCGCCUGCAUCGGCCUUGUGGUCAUCUACUUCACAGAGAAAGCUGACUCUUCUACUCAUGCAGAAGGUCCAGAUUCAGGGUGUAGUGGUCCUCUGGAGCUGUCUGGAGAGUCUGGUACCUUCACCAGCUUUAACUACCCCAGUAGCUACGACAAUGGAAAGAGCUGCACCUGGCACAUCACUGUGGAACCUGACAAGGUGGUCCAACUGUGGUUUGAAGAGUUUGCUUUGGAGGAAAACCAGCUCUGCACAUCAGACUUCAUCACACUGCGAGACUCUCUGGGAAUCAUUGGUAGAUACUGUGGCUACACAAAACCAAAGCCGCUGGUGUCACUUACAAACCGCCUGACGGUUCACUUCGACACCAAUGACAGAAAAACAGACCAAGGAUUCAAGGCUCAUUACAAAGCUGUGGCUCCAGAGCUCUCGCCAGAAAUAGCCGGAGCUGGUGGCUUUCUCCAAGGUGACCAGGGGGAACUGAUGACCCCCAGAUUUCCAGAGCAGAACUACGUGAAUGGAGCACUAUACCAGUGGAGAAUCACGGUGCCUAAAGGCGAGAGGGUUCGACUGACAUUUACUUCCUUUGACCUGGUCCCUGAGGUCUGCGGAGACUUUGUUCAGGUCUACGAUGGCCACAUGGCCGGCUCUUCUUCAUUCAGUAAAUUCUGUGGCGGGAAGAUGCCAAAGCCAGUGGAGUCCAGUAGCAACACAAUGGUGGUCCGCUUCAAAUCCGACAACAGUUUGACUUCUAAAGGAUUCAGAGCAACUUACACCAAGUCCAUCCUUCCACCUGUUACUCCCUCCACAACAACAUCAACCCCCACUUCCACAUCCAGACCCACCACACAAACCUCUCCACCUCCCACAUCUUCUGGAGGUGGUGGUCAAAUAAUCCUUAAUGGGCGUAAAGGAAUGAUCCAGUCCUUGGGAUUCCCAAAUCCAUAUCCUGCUCAUCUGAAAAGCUCCUGGAAGAUAUCUGUGCCCAAAGGAUUCCUGGUUAAACUGCAGAUCACUGACAUGGCCAUCACAGGAGAGACUGGACAAUGCAAGGAGGACAAACUGGUCAUCUCAGAUAAUUACAGCACGUUAGGCACACACUGUGGCUACAUCCUUCCCCCAGUGGUGGUCAGUGCCAGUGCCACAAUAUUUGUCAACUUCCAGUCCGACAGUCGCCUCACAGACCGAGGGUUCUCUGCCAGGUGGGAAGCUGUGUAUCCUGAGGAUAUCGCAGAAAUCCAGGGCUGUGGCAUGUCUUCCAAAGAGGAAACGGGAGUUAUUAAGUCCCAGAACUGGCCUAUGAACUACAAAGCUAACAGCGAGUGCAUGUGGAACAUCUCUUUGCCUUUGGGGAAGAAUAUCACACUGUAUUUCACCCACUUUGACCUAGAAGCCAAAGACAUCCUCACAUCCAAAUGCUAUGAUAACAUAAAAGUGUACGAGAUCAAUAGUUUGACCAAUGCGCUGCUUCAAAUGCACGGUCCAUUUUGUGGGACUGAGCUGCCUCCUACCAUCCAGACAAGAGGCAGUAGGCUGGUGAUACGUUUCCAUACAGACUUGUUUACUGAGUCCAAAGGCUUCAGAGCCUACUGGACAACAAACCACAGUUUGCCUGCUCCCACUGAGCCACCUGUUCAGCCCAACCCCUGGGACAACAUCACCAUAGACUGGCCCAGUACAUGUGGGAAACCAGCCAUUCCUCCUGUUGUUGUGUCACGCAUUGUGAACGGAGAGGCUGCCACACCACACUCCUGGCCCUGGCAAGUGUCCAUGCAGGUCUGGCCGGCCAGUCGUCCAGAACCGACAUUCUUCCAUACCUGUGGUGGUACUCUUAUUCAUAAGAACUGGGUACUUACAGCUGCCCACUGCUUCAUAAACUAUGCUGAUGAGCUGCAGCGUUGGCGCAUGUGCCUCGGCAAACACAACCUGACCUACACAGAGUCGAGUGAAUACUGCUUCAGUGUGUCUGGUAUCUAUCGCCACGAAGGCUUCAAGUAUCCCACAGUGCCCACGGUGGAGUUUGACAUUGCACUGGUCAGAUUGGACGGGGAGGUGAUGCCCAGUGAUGAGAUCUCGUACGCCUGCCUUCCCUCUGAAGAGGAAGUCCUACCCGCGGGCAGGAAGUGCUACGCCACCGGCUGGGGAGAUGAGACCGGCGAUUCAUUGAAUGCUAAAGUUGCAGAGGCCCUUAACCAGGUCGCCCUGCCUGUUGUGCCGUAUGAUACCUGCAAGAGGAUGGAUUAUUGGUGGUUCCAGGUCAAGACCUCCAUGAUCUGCUGUGGUUAUACCCUGCCUGAUGAGCUCAAGUCUGUCUGUCAAGGAGAUUCAGGUGGUCCUCUGGUGUGUCAGGAUAGCCCCAGUGGUCCCUGGGAAGUUCAUGGUAUAACCAGCUUUGGCCCUAUUGGAUGCAUUAUGAAUAAGAAGCCCUCCGUAUUCACCCGCUCCUCUGCCUACCUCCCCUGGAUCAAAAAUGUCAUCCGCAGAGACAUCUACAAUGAGCACACAUCAGGCUGCGGAGGGCCAAAGGACUUAACUGGCACAGGAGGCACCGUGUCCUCUAUGGGCUACCCUGGCACCUACAACAACAAAGCCCGCUGCCAGUGGAACAUCCAGGCACCCCUUGGCAAACUGGUCCACCUCCAUUUCCACAAUUUCUCCCUGGAGGAGAGUCAGCUGUGCAUGAACGAUAAAGUCAGGCUCACAGACAGAAUAGGAAAUCUAGGCACACACUGCAGCCAUGUACCCCCUAUAGACCUGGUGAGCGAUGGAGACACUCUUCACAUCAGCUUCUCCUCCAAUGACAAGGUGGUGGACACGGGCUUUACUGCCACCUGGAGGGCAGUGGACCCUACAGAGGCUCCAUGUGGAGGGAGCUUCAGCAGUGCUCAGGGUGAAAUCACCUCUCCCAACUGGCCCAGUGACUACCAAGCCCAGUCUGUGUGCACAUGGCGUAUCACCAUUCCUUCAGCAAAAAGUGUCCUUGUAGCCUUCACUCACUUUGAGCUGCAAGCUGUAAACAUGUUCGGAAACUGUGUGGACUACAUUGAAAUCUUACAUGGAGAAAACAUGACAUCACUAGGUCAAUUCUGCGGCUUUACCCCUCCACCCAACAUCACCAUCCUUAGCAACACAGUCAUCAUUCGCUUCCUUAGUAACGGAGCCAAUCAACAGAAGGGUUUUCGUGGUUACUGGACCACUGAUGCCAGUGUUAUCCCAACUUUACCUCCUCCACCUCCUAACCCUUGGGACAAAGUCACUAUCAACUGGCCAGUAAAUUGUGGAAACCCAGCAGUUACACCAAAUACAGCCACCCCGAGGGUGGUUAAUGGGGAGGAGGCGAUCCCCCACUCCUGGCCCUGGCAAGUCUCAAUGCAGGCUUCACCAAUGUUUCCCAUACCUUACAUGCACGGUUGUGGAGGUUCUUUGAUUCACAAAGAUUGGAUUCUAACUGCUGCCCACUGUUUCAUGUUCCCACUGAAUAACCCCUCUUACUGGCGCAUGUGUUUGGGGAAGCACCACAUGAACUCCUCCAUGGACGUUCCCUCAGCAGAGAAAUGCUACAAGGUAGAUGGUAUCAUCCGCCACGAGGGGUUUGUUUACGAGCAGGAUCGCACUGACAUCACCAAUGACAUAGCGUUGGUACAUUUGGCGGAGCCUGUCAAUAUGACAAGGGAGAUCAGCCCCAUCUGUCUGCCCAAACCUGGAGCUGUGAUGGCUGCUGGGACACCCUGCUUUGUCACCGGCUGGGGAGACGAGAAAGGUAACCUGUUUCCCCAAGUGUCUAAGAAGCUAAAUCAGGCAGCCCUUCCUAUUGUUGACUUCCAGACCUGCAGUAAGCCUGCUUACUGGUGGGACACACUCAGACCCUCUAUGAUCUGUGCUGGCUAUGAGUCCCCAGAAGAGCUCAAGUCAGCCUGCCAGGGUGACUCCGGAGGUCCUUUCACCUGUGCGGCCGCUGGGAUAAACACAACCUGGGAGGUGCAUGGUGUCGUCAGCUUUGGACCGCAGGGCUGCAUCAAAGACAAGAAACCCUCAGUAUUCACCCGCGUCUCUGCCUUCAGUGACUGGAUCAAUGACAACAUCAAGAAAUUUAUAUAUGAAAGUGGCAAAACCAACUAAAGCUCAUAUCUUAAAAAUAAAUCUUUUUGACAGUGAUGGUUGUUAAUUUCAGUUUAAAGUCAUUGUAGCUGGGGCGGCCUCUAGCUCACCCAGUAAGAGCGUGCGCCCCAUGUAGGCUGAGUCCUUUGCUGUGGCGUGGGUUUGAAUCCGACCUGCUGCCCUUUGCUGCGUGUCAUCCCCUCUCUCUCUCCCCCUUUCUUGUCUAUCCAAUGUCACUAUCUAAUAAAGGGAAAAGCCCCAAAAAAUAAUCUUUAAAGUCAUUGUGGCUUUUUAUUUAGGGUUCACCAUUAAGUAUUGCUCACUGCUGAAGUAUGCUGACUGAUACUGUUAAGCUAUAAGGCAUCUUCUCUGGCAGAACUAGGGGUACAAUAGGAGUCAAUUUCUGUCCUGUAGGGUAACUGUGUUCCUUUUUGAGGGCCAAAAAGGAACACAUACUGUAUGUUCCCAAGCUAGUAACAAGAGUACAACAGCUGUACCUUAGCGACUAUUGUCCCAUUAACAUGCCGUUGUACACCUAAACUUUAUAGUUUAUUAUUUAUUAUUUCUGACAGUGAGAAAAUGGUAUCAGAACAACUUUUAUUUAAUAUUUCAUAAAUCUUUACAGUAUAU